AUUUCGUAGACGCACCGCGCCCUUGUCACUUCUGUUCUUCCUUCCUCUCCUCCCCCUUCUUCCUCCGCUUCGCCUCGCCGAGCUCAGCCAUGGCUCUCAGUCUCCGUAACCUCGUCAGCAGAAAUUCCUUAGCUCCACUGCCUAUAGGUCGUCUUCUCCUCUCCACUCGAGGCCUGCAGACAUUCUCGCUGCCGGACCUGCCGUACGACUAUGGAGCCCUGGAGCCCACCAUCAGCGGGGAGAUCAUGAUGCUGCAUCACCAGAAGCACCACCAGACCUACGUCACCAACUACAACAAGGCUCUCGAGCAGCUCGACGACGCCAUGAACCGCGGCGACCCCUCCACCGUCGUCAAGCUCCAGAGCGCCCUCAAGUUCAACGGUGGUGGUCACAUCAACCACUCGAUCUUCUGGAAGAAUCUGGCCCCCGUCAAUGAAGGAGGCGGCGAGCCGCCGAGAGGUUCUCUUGGGUGGGCUAUCGACACAGACUUCGGGUCAUUGGAGUCGUUGAAGCAGAAGAUGAACGCGGAAGGCGCAGCUCUGCAGGGUUCAGGAUGGGUGUGGCUCGGCGUGGACAAAGAACUGAAGCGACUUGUGGUUGAAACCACUGCCAAUCAGGAUCCCCUCGUAACGAAAGGACCGAGUUUGGUUCCUCUGAUCGGCCUAGAUGUUUGGGAGCAUGCCUACUACUUGCAGUACAAGAACGUGAAACCCGAUUACCUGAACAACAUAUGGAAGGUCAUUAACUGGAAAUAUGCGAGCAACGUCUACGAGAAGGAAAGUGCCUGAGCAGUCCAGAAGCCAACAACCAACAGUAGCGUUGUAAAUACAGGGGAGUCGUACUCAUAUCUGAGCGUAUCGUAUAUAGAGAGAUAGGGCAGGCCUUUUCUCUCUUCGAGCUAGGUUUUCCAGGCGUAUUGUUCGUCAUAUGUAUCAAACCGAGUGCGAGCUGAAUAAGUUAUGUGUCCCCUGUAAUCUCUUUUGCGAACUUUUGCAUGAUUACCUACACCAACCACUCUCUUUUUCACCGGGCUUAUGUUUCUGAAAUGGGAGCUUCCGUCCGAUAUCUUCAAAUUGAAGGAUUU